AUGAUCUGUCAAAACCCUACCACUUCCACAACUCUUCCCCGGCCUAAAAGACAAGACGCAUUGGAGCGCAAGUUUUCAUUGAAUCCAAAGAGCAAUGAUAUCACUAAAAGACACACAAUUGCAUCCUUCUGCGAAUAUGACUUGGGCGCUUCCAAUUGCAGAACCCUUUUCAAAGCUUCAGGACUUGAUCAGGACCCAAGCACUGCAUGCAAUGUGGACACACUCGAGCAACAAACAAAUAAAUCGAGCAGAAAUCACAAAUAUUACUGGGAAACCAUUGAAAGCUACUACGUCAAUCGACUCAAUGCCCUUCAAAAAGACAUUGAGACAGCUACACAGCAAAACUCAAAACUAUCCAUGGCACGUGAGGAUCUAGUGCAAGAGGUUCUCAAGCUACAUCAAAAAUCAAUGACUUUAAAUGCAAGAAAUGACCAACUGAGUAGAUCAAUCGCUGAGAAGGAAACCCAUAUCAGUGCAUUUAUGUAUGGGAGCAAUCAACCUACAUCAUCAGUGCAACAUCAAGAUAACUACGGCCCCAUAGUCGGUGUCACUUUGGUAGAUCAACCACUAUCAACAGCAAUGAGUCCUCCUGCACCGCCAUCACCGCCGGCUGAUAUUACUAAUAACGAAAGCAUUCCGUCCACAGAGCCAGCAACAGCACCAACCGCAACAGAAGCACCUGUUAAGAAAGAAACCGGUAUAUUUCGUCAGAUUAGCCUUCGUUUAUCUAGUAGAAAACGAAGACAGCAACAGCAGCAACCACAACAAGAAGAAACACAACAGCAUCCAAGCUCUUCAUUACAUAUCACAGAGCCUUUAACAGAUGCUGUAUCAUCCUCGUCAUCUGAUUCAAUCUUGCAUCCUGCUGUGGUCAUCUCUUCUCCACAUAGUAGUAAUCGACUUCAUCAGCAGGCUGAUGAAGACUCCAGUACCAGCUUCAAGAGGAAAAAGAAUUUGAUAUUUGGUAAUGAUUUGAUUCAACAAGCAAGGUCUGAGAACUCGGUCAUUCCUUCAGUCGUACUUAAAUGCGUGAGAGAGGUAGAGGCAAGAGGGCUUUCUGUUGAAGGCAUCUAUAGAAAAUCAGGCACACUUGGUCAGGUCAAGGAGUUACAAGAUGCAUUUGACGAGAACAAGAACCCUAAGCUUUCCAAAUACCAAGACAUUAAUGUAAUUACUAGCUUAUUAAAACUCUAUUUCAGAGAGUUGUCAACACCACUGCUUCCUGGCGACUUUAUUUUACCACAUUCACUCAACAAUCAAGAACGACUGAACAAAACCUAUGCCAUCCUUCAUAAUAUGCCAAUCGAAUCGUAUUGCACCAUCAAGUUUCUUGUGCAACAUUUGAGAAGGGUGCAUGAAAACCAUUCCGUUAAUCGUAUGCCCUUGAAAAAUUUAGCUAUGGUAUUUGGUCCUACAUUAUUGAGGUUUCAUUAUGCAGGAAAUGAAGAACAACAAAUGAGAGAAAUGAUAGAUACAGUGGAAUUCAUUAUACAACAGAGCCAUAUUCUCUUUGCUGACUACUCUUGA